AUGGCAGAGCAGUGGGGAGAAGCUAUUUUUGCAGCCAGGCGGCGAGGUGAUGAAACAACACAGGAAUCAAGCUUCGUUUACACCAACAGCAAUAAUACCAAAGGUCCAUUUGAGGGACCCAACUACCACAUUGCCCCAAGAUGGGUGUACCAUGUUGCAACAUUAUGGAUGUUUUUUGUGGUUAUUGCCUCAACCUUCACUAACGGCCUGGUACUGGUAGCCACGGCCAAAUUCAAGAAGCUUCGUCACCCUUUGAACUGGAUCUUGGUCAAUCUUGCGGUAGCCGAUAUUUUAGAGACAUUGUUGGCCAGCACCAUUAGUGUCUGUAACCAAUUUUUUGGCUACUUCAUCCUUGGGCACCCAAUGUGCAUUUUUGAGGGUUUCACUGUUGCUUGCUGUGGUAUUGCUGGUUUGUGGUCUCUGACAUUCAUAUCAUUUGAGAGAUGGAUGGUGGUGUGCAAGCCUUUUGGAAAUGUAAAAUUUGAUGGUAAAUGGGCAGCUGGUGGCAUUAUCUUUACUUGGGUCUAUUCUGCAUUUUGGACUAUACUUCCUGUCUUUGGUUGGAGCAGGUAUUGGCCUCAUGGCCUCAAGACCUCUUGUGGACCAGAUGUAUUCAGUGGAAAUGAAGACCCUGGAGUCCGGUCUUACAUGGUUGCACUGAUGAUCAGCUGCUGCAUUAUCCCCUUGGGAUUGAUCAUUCUCUGCUACAUUCCUGUGUUGCUGGCCAUCCGUGCUGUUGCAGCACAACAGAAGGAAUCUGAAUCAACACAAAAGGCUGAAAAGGAAGUCACGAGAAUGAUUUGUGUCAUGAUUGCUGCUUAUGUUUUCUGCUGGGGACCUUACACUUUCUUUGUCUGCUUUGGAACUGCGUACCCUGGUUAUGCCUUUCACCCACUUGCAGCAGCCAUGCCUGCCUACUUUGCUAAGAGCGCCACUAUCUAUAACCCCAUUAUCUAUGUCUUUAUGAACCGACAGUUCCGUUCAUGCAUCAUGCAGCUCUUUGGAAAGAAGGUUGAUGAUGGCUCUGAAGUGUCUUCUACCUCCAAAACAGAAGUCUCCUCUGUGGCACCUGCCUAAAUAUUUUCUGACUUGUGGCAAAUGAAAAAGAUUUUAGACCACUGAACUUCUUGAUUUCUUCACUUUUUGUUACCCUGUAAUACUCAACAGUCUAAAAUAUCCAAGAAUAU